AUGAGACCGCGCCCUGUUGGGCGGAGGGCAGAUGGGGGCAAACCUGUGUGUACGCUAACUCGUCCCCCUGCGCCACCACCUUUAGAGGGAUCAGAUCCAGAGAUAGCAGUUGUUGGGUCGCGUGUUGUGCGUCUUUUGCGCGAUGCGCGUGCUGUCAUUCGCGAGCAGCGGCCACCGAACACUCCACCAAGGACCCAACCAAAGUUCGCUCCCAAGCGCGUAACUCGUCUCACCGCACUCAACCCAACUAGUGGAAACGACCCGCCAAAGUUAACUACUAACCAGCAACGGAUGGAUCCCAUAGCGUUUGUUACUUCUCUUGAUAGUGCGAAAGAUGCACCGCCACAACAACUCGAGCAACUUAACCAGUUAAAGCGCUGGUUGUGUGAACCCCAGCACGUUCUGUGGGACACAUUAACUGGGCGUUUGGUGGAUAUUGUGUUGUCCCCGAAGACGGACGCGCAAGUGUCGGUGUGUGCAGCGUCUAUUCUUUUGCGCUACUGCGAUGUUAAUAGGUUUCCCUCCCUUCCGGUAGUUACACGCCGUUUGCACGAGCUAUGUGAAGUUGGGCUUGAAGGUCAAUCACUUGAGGAGGUUGUUGUGCGGGAAUCGCUCUUACAACCACUUGUACAACUGCUGAAAAAUGAUGAACUUCUACUUUGCCAGCCCUGCGUGUUGUGGGAUGCGCUUGAGGCGCUUCGUUCGUGCAGUAGCAGUGAGGCAAUGCUAUCUCAGAUGGUCACCCUAGGAACCAUCCCCAGCACAAAUUCCCUGGUGGAGCGCAUUAUACAGUUGUUUCAAAACUCAUCGUCUCCUCCUCAACCCGAGGUUUCUCCAGCAAAUAAAAAUCUGAUCCGCUCUUUACUUUCGUCCACCUGUUUGCUCUUCCGGGACUUCAGUGCUGGGUACUCUCAUCACCUGCGAAAGCUUGGCUCCCUCGACCGCGUCAUUGAUACGCUUGAUCACUUCCGUGAUGAUAUGGACGUCGUACAGGCCGCGGCACGAACAAUGUCCAAAACAGUCUUCAACGAUACCUGUUUGGAGCACUACCGGGAAAACAUUCGGACUUGCCGCGUGGUGGUUGCUGCGCUUGAGUCAAGCAUGGAGGUGGGGGGCAUAAUAGUCACCCGGUUGUGCAGCGUAUUGGCACGUCUUGUAGAAUGCAGUAAAGAAAUGCGAGAUUGGUUCAUGGAGAACCAUCACCAAAUAUUGCUUCGGCUAGUGCAGACGCACAUUGCCCAGCUCAAAGUGGACGGUAAGGAAGACGAGCCGGUCGCGCAGAAUUUCGAGGAUCCGGAGCAGGAAGAUCUUCUGCAAAGUGUCACAUGGCUCGUAGGUGUUGCAUUAAUGAGCCCUGGGUGCUCGACAGCGUUCGUUCGCAAGAUAACUCCGCUCUUGGUGGGAUUUCUCAAGGAUUUUGACGUCGCGAAGUGGCACCUUACCUUUAUAUAUACGCUGAUGUGCUUAAGCAAUCUUUCAUUUUUCUUUACUUCCCUCGAAAAGAGCGAGGGUGGCCCUGCGGAACUCCAGCAGUUGUACGAAACUCUUGGACCGAUGCUUGCUGGCGUCCUCUUUGAUGGGGAUACCGAAGCAACGGUUGAGGCAACCCGGGUCCUGGGCAACAUUUGUCUCACUAAUGCUGGGCGUGAUUGGAUGGAAUCGAACCGAUGUGAUGAGGUUUGCGUCGUAUUUCUUGGUCAUGAAGACCCACGCGUUGUGUACAAUUGCUUUGGUGUGCUGCUGAACCUUACUGCAGCCGACAGUUGUCAGGUUGCUGCAGAUCCGGAACUUACAAAGAUGCUGCUGCAGCACACCGCGAGGUACACGCGCGCGGAAACUAUUGCCCUGGAGAAGGAGAGAGAGUUGAGGCAUUUCCAAGCUUCUGCAAACAGUCAAUCUCCAGAAGGCACAAACUACACGGACCAAAUAGCCGAUGUAGUUGAGAAACUACUCCUUAACCUCAGUGGUCUUUUAUGA